AUGAGUGAUGUGGAGGCCUUUGGAGCAUCACUUGGCGGGACUAUAAGGGCAAUUAAUAAUUUCUCAUUAUUCCAAGGGGAGUCUGGAUACCUCAUGCUCUACUUGGGAAUGUGCAACAUUAUAGCACCGACCAAGAAAGAUUUUGGAAGUGGAACAAGAUUUUGGCUAGCUUUCAGCAAUGUAGAUGGACUUACUGUCAAUGGAGAUGUUGAUGGCAAUGGGUCAAGUUGGUGGAGUUCUUGUGAAAAUGGAAAUGGGUGCGGAUUUUACGAAUGGCAAGUUUUGAAAUUCGACGGUUGUAACAAUCUUCAAGUUAGUGGAUUGAGGAUUACAAACGCUUCACGUAAUCACAUUUCAAUGGCAAACUGUGCUGACGCCACCAUCUCCAACAUCAAUAUAAUAACACCCAACAUAACCCCGAAUAUCGAUGGCAUCGACGUCUCUCUCUAUCCACCAGGAUUAAAAUUCAAGAUUCCGUCAUCAAAACGGGUGAUGAUUGCAUUGCUCUCAACACUGGCUGCUCCUACAUCAACGUUACUAGUCAUUGGAAGCUUGGGAGAAGGUGGGAGUAAAGGAACCGUGGAAGAGGUGCAUGUAGUAAAUUGUACCUUCUUUAGGACUAAAAAUGCGGCAAGGAUGACAUGGCAGAAGAUCUCGUUCAAGAACAUUACCCCUGAAUCUAUGAACCCCAUCUUGAUUGACCAGUAUUACUGCGACGAUAUGGAGCAUUGCAAAAAUCAAACGUUGGCGGUGGAGAUAAGUGACAUCUCAUUCAUCGGAUUUACCGGGACGUCUGCUACCGGAGCCGCGGUGCAAUUACUAUGCAGUGAAAGUGUAGGUUGCCAUCGCUUAGUGCUGGAUGGGAUCAACAUAACAGCAUCACCUAAUCUUACAGCUGGGGGAAAAGAUGGUGAUAUUUCCUCAAAAUGCAUCAAUGCCCAUGGAACUUCAAGUGCUUCUAACAUGCCUAGUGUUCCCUGCUUACUUCCCAAUGAUGAUGACGAGCUUCUACACGAUUAA